AUGAAGCAAGUAGUGGUAUGUCCAGAUAAUAUCGAGAGCUUGAAACAGAUUGUGUUUCCACACCCUCACGAUGGGACACCACGAUUGACCUUGGUGUUGGCAAACGAUGGCUGCUUGUACAGGCUUCACAAUACCAGAUUAGGUAAGAGUGUUGAAGCGACUGAGAAUCAAGGACGAGAUAUAUAUAUGAAAUCAAUAAUGGUCUCAACUGGUGAUAUUCUAGAAAAUGGCUCGUUGUAUCAUUUGACUAAGUAUAAUUUGGCAUUUGCAUUAUGUUCUUUACCAGAAGCCGUAUCACAAGAGGACGAGCCUCCAAGGUAUCAAUUACCAUGUGAAUUACAAUCAAUGCUUGCACAAGUUCAUGGGUCUCAUUGGACACAAAUCCCUACUUUAAUUUUCCAAAAUGCAUUGAAAUCAGUAUCUAUUUCCGUAGACGAAGCUGGCGACACAUAUUAUGCCCUAAAUACCUGUAAAUGUAUCGAGUUUCUCAUAUCAGUGGUUGACAAAUUAUCUACACAUUUACCACCAUCUCUUCUUAAAUUAAUCCCUAAGUCUACUUCACAGAAUGAUUCAGAUUUACUCUUGAACAAACAAAGAUCGUUAUUACUUGCAUGUGACCUCCUCCGUUCUGAACUCUCUUCAACAGUCUUUAACCUUCUAAUGGACCAACCUUCAAUACAAGAGGCAAAUGACAAAGUCAAAUCCCACGAAGCAAAACUUUUGCAGUCACGUGCUGCAACUACGUCAUUGCUGGAUUUGGCACACCCUACAGCACUUUCCACUUCGGGAAAUUUCCCCACAUCCUCAAUGUCCAAUAGACUUGCUAAUAAUAAUAGCACUAAUAAUAAGAAAAAAACGAAGAAUGAUAAUAAAGUGAAAAUUUCAAAAGGGGCUAUCGACAAUUUUUUCAAAUCUAAAAAAAAAGAUGCUUCAAAAUAA